AUGUAUGCUAGAGCAAUAAAGAGGAACCAGAAAUGGGGUUUGGUAUUGCAGCAAGCCAGAUACUUAGUUAGGCCAGCCAUUCGCGACUACACGGUGUCUAGAUCUUACGGAUUCGCAAAUAAAUUGACAAAUCGUUCGACCAAUAAUGCGAGUUUGAGUAGAGAGUCUCUCCUCCGUUCGUUUUCCCCUCGCGGUGGUAGCAUAAGUAGUCAGCUGCGUAGUUUCAGCUCUGAAGGUGGCGAUGGAAGGAAUGCUAGUGAGGAGGAUAACAAACACGUCUCUUUGAACAAAGAGAACGCUAUAGAUGGUGGAAAAGCCGGGAAGGAGAAGAGUAGUUUCGGCGUUGGGCAUUUAGAUUCUCAUGCUCGGCUUGGAGAGCAGGACCAGAUAGAGUGGCUCAAUAACGAGAAGCUCUCCGUUGAAUGCAAGAAGAAGGAGUCGCCUCUGCUUAGUAGACGAGAAAGAUUCAAGAACGAGUUCUUACGUAGAGUCCAGCCUUGGGAAAAGAUACAGCUUUCUUGGGAGACUUUCCCUUACUAUAUCCACGAUCACACGAAAAAUAUUUUGGUGGAAUGCGUUAGCUCACAUAUAAGACAAGCGAAUGCUGCUACCGUGUAUGGUGCCCGUUUAGACUCUUCAAGUGGAAGAAUAUUGCUCCAGAGUGUUCCAGGCACUGAGCUUUACCAAGAGAGGAUGGUGCGAGCACUCGCUCGGGAUUUACAAGUUCCCUUGUUGGUUCUUGACAGCAGCGUUCUUGCCCCUUAUGAUUUUGCUGAUGACUACAAUGAAGAAUCUGAAUCCGAUGGUGAGAACGCAGAAGGUGAAGCAGAUCAGUGCACGACAGACUCUGAAGCUGAGGAAGAAUCUGGAUCUCAUGACGAGGAGACUUCUGAAGCGAAAACAGAUGGGAGUGAGGAUGAGGAAGCUGGCCUCGAGGUUACUGAGGAAGAUAUCAAGAAAAUUGUGCCAAAACUUGAGGAGGUCGCAAAGUUAGUAGCGGAAGAACUACAUGUUUCCGGUGAGUCUUGCGAAGCGGCAGCUGUUGGGCAAUCUGAUAAACCCAAGCGACCGGCAAGGAAAGGAGAUCGAGUAAAAUAUGUUGGGCCUCCUAAGAAGGGUGAUGCAAAGCACAGGCCAUUAACUAGCGGACAACGUGGAGAGAUCUUUGAGGUGAAUGGGAACCGCGUUGCGGUUGUAUUUGACAACGAAGGUGAUACAUCAUCAGAGGGAAACAAGAAGAAACCAACAAAGCAGUCCCAGAAGCUACAUAUGCACUGGCUAGAUGUUAAAGACCUGAAGCAUGAUUUGGAUAUGCAGGCAGAAGAUGGCUACAUUGCCCUGGAGGCUUUAAAUGAGGUUUUGCAAUCCACGCAACCACUUAUUGUCUAUUUUCCAGACUCGUCUGAGUGGUUGUGUAGAGCUGUACCUAAGUCAAAACGAAAUGAGUUUGUAGACAAAGUUCAGGAAAUGUUUGAUAAAUUGUUAGGUCCUGUUGUAAUGAUCUGCGGACGGAGCAAGCUUGAAACAGCUUCAAAAGAGAGAGAGAAAUUCACGAUGAUACUCCCAAACUUUGGCCGCAUUGCGAGACUGCCCCUUCCGUUAAAGCGUAUUACCGAGGGACUCACCGGAAGGCAAACAUCAGAGGAUAAAGAGAUAUACAAGCUCUUCACUAAUGUUAUGAGCCUGCUCCCUCCUAAGGAAGAAGAUACCCUCGUAGAGUUCAACAAACAACUUGGAGAAGAUAGAAAAAUUGUGACCUCACGGAGCAACUUAAAUGAGCUACUUAAGGCGCUUGAGGAAAACGAGUUAUUAUGCACAGACUUGUACCAAGUGAACACCGAUGGCGUAAUAUUGACAAAGCAAAGGGCAGAGAAAGUUAUUGGCUGGGCCAGAAACCACUAUCUAUCAUCUUGUCCAAGCCCAUCGAUUAAAGAAGACCGCCUGAUUCUUCCUCGUGAAAGCAUUGAGAUUUCAAUUAAAAGGUUAAAGGCACAUGAAGAUAUUUCUCGAAAGCCUUCACAUAGCUUGAAGAAUAUAGCAAAGGAUGAGUAUGAAAGCAAUUUUGUCUCAGCUGUAGUUGCUCCUGGAGAAAUUGGGGUCAAAUUUGACGACAUUGGUGCUCUGGAACAUGUGAAGAAGGCAUUGAAUGAGCUUGUUAUUCUUCCCAUGAGAAGGCCAGAGCUUUUCACCCGUGGGAAUCUCUUGCGGCCGUGUAAAGGCAUAUUGCUUUUCGGCCCUCCUGGUACGGGUAAAACGUUGCUUGCCAAGGCGCUUGCUACAGAAGCUGGCGCAAACUUCAUUAGCAUAACUGGCUCAACACUUACAUCAAAGUGGUUUGGAGAUGCAGAGAAGCUCACGAAAGCUCUGUUCUCCUUUGCAACCAAACUAGCGCCUGUCAUUAUUUUUGUCGAUGAGGUUGACAGUUUGUUGGGGGCUCGUGGUGGUUCUUUCGAGCACGAGGCGACCCGAAGAAUGAGAAAUGAGUUCAUGGCAGCUUGGGAUGGUCUCAGGACUAAAGAUAGCCAAAGGAUCCUAAUCCUCGGCGCCACUAAUCGACCUUUUGAUCUUGAUGACGCUGUCAUUCGUCGUCUACCAAGAAGGAUCUAUGUCGAUUUACCAGAUGCUGAUAACCGGUUGAAGAUUUUGAAGAUAUUUCUGACUCCAGAGAAUCUUGAAACUGGUUUCCAGUUUGAUAAACUCGCAAAGGAAACCGAAGGAUAUUCAGGAAGCGAUCUUAAGAAUCUAUGCAUCGCUGCUGCGUACAGACCUGUUCAAGAAUUGUUACAGGAAGAAAACAAGGGUUCGGUCGCAAAUGGAGCUCCUGAUCUCCGGCCACUAAGUUUGGAUGAUUUCAUUCAGUCAAAAGCAAAGGUAAGUCCGUCUGUGUCGUAUGAUGCAACUACGAUGAACGAAUUGAGAAAAUGGAACGAGCAGUACGGUGAAGGAGGAAGCCGAACUAAGUCUCCUUUUGGUUUCUAA